AUGGUCGACCGUCCUAACAAGCCCUCGGCACUUGCCUCAACCCCCGCGGCUCCCCCUCAAGCUGUUGCCGACAUUACCCACGACAACUCCCGCGUCAAGGCCGUUCUUCCCUCGGGCGAGAGUGUUGAGGUCCUCCUCCAUGGUGCUACCGUAAUCAGCUGGAAGGACGCCUCAGGAGCUGAGAAGCUCUGGGUCAGCGAGACUGCUGCUCUUGAUGGCAGUGCUCCCGUUCGAGGAGGUAUUCCAAUCGUCUUCCCUGUCUUUGGUACCGCCCCCGACCACGAACCCGUAGCCAAGCUUCCCCAGCACGGAUUUGCUCGCAACUCACGAUGGGAGUUCCUCGGCAAGUCCACCAGCGAGGGCUCCAGCUCCAGUGUCAAGCUCGACUUUGGUCUGUCCUCUGAGAGUAUCAGCGACGAUUUCAAGGCUCUCUGGCCCUACAAGUUUGCUCUUAUCUACAGUGUCUCUCUCGACAGCGAGAGUCUCAACACCUCAAUUGUUAUCACCAACGACGGCGAUGCUGCGUUUGACUUCCAGACUCUUCUUCACACUUACUUCAAGAUCAGCGAUAUCGCCUCUACAGAGGUCACUGGUCUCGAGGACUCUGUCUACUUAUCCAAGGUCUCUGGCUCAGAAGCCACUCAAUCCGGCGCCAUCACCUUCUCUGGUGAGACCGACUCCGUGUACACCCCCGCCAACGGUCCCAAGCACCCCGUCGUCAUCUUCGAGUCCGGCAGCCCCCGCUACCGCAUCGUCCGCGACAACCUCGACCAGGUCGUUGUCUGGAACCCCUGGGUCGACAAGUCCGCCGGCAUCAAGGACUUUUCUCCCAAGGACGGCUGGAAGAACAUGCUGUGCGUUGAGCCCGGUUCCGUCAAGGGCUGGCAGAAGCUGGAGAAGGGCGAUGCUUUUGAGGCGGCGCAAACCAUCACACUGGCUUGA